ACCAAACAGGAUCGACCUCUCUUUCUCACCCAGCCCUGCAGACAUAGACACACACCCAAAAGAGAGGGAUGUCACAGCUGAAAGAAAACCAGCCCUCCUCCAUCUGCAUGAAAAACAAGCAAUGCGCGACCAUUCUUCAAACUUACGCACGGGGUAUUUACAGUUUCUACGCGCCGUCCGGAGACAAAUUAGUCCAAUUUUGGGCCUGUUGACUAUUUGUUACCCGUCAUCUCUCUGUUGGUGGUAAUAAUGCUCCCCAGCCCACUCAUAACUUCUUCUACCACGCCUUUCUCCGUGAAGGACAUUUUGAAGUUAGAGUUGCAGCAACAAUCUCAGCAGCACCAGCUCCAGUAUUUCUCCUGCUUCGGUCUCUCCGGGGCUCUGUCACAGCAGGGAGCUUUCCCAAAUAAACCUUUCCGCUCUCAUUCACCCCCCUCCUGCAUGUUGGCCGGGAGGGACAGUCCGAGUCCCAUCAGCUCCGGACUCUCGGAGAGCGAGGAGAGGAUGUCGUACCUCAACACGCUGCCUGCUUCACAGGACCGGCUGCCGGAGUCCGGGCUGCCGGGGGAGCUGUUCGACAGCCCGGCGCAGAAACACUCCGCAGAGCUCCGGCUGGAGACCGAGCCGGAGGACCAAGAUAGCAGUGACUGCGGGGCGUUGCGGGGCGAGUGUGAGGAUCCAGACUCGGAGACGGUCACCAAGCAGCAGAGGACCAGGAGGAAACCCCGCGUGCUCUUCUCCCAAGCUCAGGUGUUUGAGCUCGAGCGGCGCUUCAAGCAGCAGCGUUACCUGUCCGCCCCGGAGAGAGAGCACCUGGCCAGCUCCCUGAAACUCACCUCCACCCAGGUCAAGAUCUGGUUCCAGAACCGGAGGUACAAAUGCAAGAGGCAGCGGCAGGACAAGAGUCUGGAGAUGGCAGGUCAUCACCAUCACCACCACCACCCACCGCCGCGGAGGGUGGCUGUGCCGGUGCUGGUCCGGGACGGGAGGCCGUGUCUGACUGGAUCACAGAACUAUAACGCUUCUUACACCGUGGGAGCUCCAAACCCGUACAGCUACAACGGCUAUCCUGCAUACAGCUACAACAACUCGUUGUAUACUAACACUUACUCUUGUACUUAUUCGAGUUUGCCUGCUCUGCCACCCAGCAACACCUCUGCUAAUGCUUUUAUGAACAUGAAUUUGGGAAACAUGUGCAACCCGACGCAAAGCCAGGCGCCCCAAGGACCAGGAGUCCCAGUCUGCCAGGGAGCUCUGCAGGGCAUACGGGCAUGGUGAUGGUAGCGCAGUCUUUACGCACGAUCACUGGGAGAGACUUCUCUGAGAUGGAUAAAUGGACUAAAGCAUGUGGCUACACCAGAUCGACAAUGCAACGAAAGCACAACUUAAAACUCUGUAACGACCACAAGUAAGGCCAGCUGUAAUUCAAGGCAGGCCCUGUGAGGAAACCCUAACUCGUUGACUGAUUCAAACCAAAACAGUAUGCGCAUUGUUCUCACAAACGUAUUAA